ACCACGCCCACUCGCGCACGCGCACCACGCCCGCCAGUCCGCCCGCCCGCGCGUCCUUCUUGCUGAAAACGUUUUGCUAGGCUCAGCGGCUUCCACCAUGGCGGAGAUGGCUGAGCUGUCCGAGCUGUACGAGGAGAGCAAUGACCUGCAGAUGGACGUGCAGAUGGAGGUAGGCCGCGGGGGCCGCGGGCCGGCCGUGCGCGGGGCGGCGCAGGCGGAGGAGGAGGGCCCGAUGGAGGAGGAGGCCGCGCCCUCGGCCCGGGCCCCGCGCGGCCUCGCGGACCCCGACUUCGAGGCCGAGGACUUUGACGACUGGGAGGACGACUACAGCUAUCCGGAGGAGGAGCGCCGCGGCGGCGCGAGCUACCGCGUGUCGGCCGCCCUGGAGGAAGCCAACAAGAUGUUCCGGAGAACGUCCGGGGAGGCGGCCCUGGAUGGCGGCUUUCAGAUGCGGUGCGAGAAGACGCCGUUCGACCAGCUCGCCUUCAUCGAAGAGCUGUUUUCGCUAAUGGUUGUCAACCGUCUGACCGAAGAACUCGGUUGCGAUGAGAUCAUUGAUAGAGAGUAGUUAAAUGCUGAUGGAAGAGGAGGAAACUACUUGAGAGGGAAAGAUUCAACAUUCCGCUACCUUUUGGGUUCGUUCCAAAUAGUUCUGUGCAAAAAAAAAACCGGGUUUUGUUUCUCAGAAUAGAAGACAAUAGGACAGUGACUGCACAGUGGUGAAAAGGAGAGGAAUCAUGGAAGGAAAGGGUCUUAGGAAAUCUGCUUUCAAGGAUGCCCAGAGAAACCCGUGGCUCUGACUUUGUUGGUCGGGAUUAUUUUCCCUACAUUGGAGAUCUUUUUCUUGUUAAGCUUGUAAAGGUGUUUUUGCAAGAGUAAAUCGUGACCAAGAAAAACUGCCAAUAGAUGGGGGGGGGGACCCACAAUAUAUCUUUGACUGAUUUGAACCGAAAGCCUGUUGAGGAAACUUUCCAAAUUCUAUUUUGUGAUCUAUAUAUGAUAGUUAUCAAAAGCUAAAUUUGCAGUUUAAGAUUGAAUUUUCGUUAUCCCCAAAAGAUAGGCAAACUAUGUGUGGAUAUGUGUAGAUGUGUGUGUUAGCACAUGUACUCUUAAGAUGUGUUUCCAAGAGCAUCUGAAAUUCUGAUUGUAUGAAUAUCUUCAUGAUGUAUAAAGCUACCAUGAUCUGUAAUUUGGGAAAAAUCCAUUGUGGUUUUUAAAGUGAAAAAUUAAUGUGUCUUUUUUUUUUUUAAAGCUUUGCGCCACCACGCUUGGCCAUCAAGUUUAGGCAUUAAAAUGUAUGUGAAAGCACAAACUUUCCAAUACCCUUAUGUACUGGGGAAAUUUUGCUUGCUGUUUAUACCUUGAUAGGUAGGACUGUAGCUGAACUUCAUAUUGUAAGAGCUGUUAGUGAAAAUUGUGAAGUAAAGGAAAGCCUGCCGAUAGCUGUAAAAGUUCUUAUGAGCAGUUGUGCUAUCAAACUUCGAAGGUUUUAAACCUGCCCAGAAAUCCACCUGGGUGCCUGACACUUGCCUCUCUCUUCCUCUAGCUAAGCUUGUUAUUCCUCAUGCACCAGCAUUGGUGACAAUAAAAAUUUCUUGUUCUGUGUA